AUGCCUCCCUUAGGAAUCUCGACUCAGAUCGAGGGAGUGUGCCUCUCCCCGAGCAAGUCCAUCAAGUGGCUAGGAGUCUCGCUAGACCCCAAGCUCCGCCCUGCAACCCACGCUGCUGCCAGGGCAUCGGCCACGGCCUUGGUGACUCACGACGGUUUGGUCGUCUCUCGCCAAGAUCGCGAACGCGACGCUGAGAGCGAUAUUCCCGGUGUGGAGAACGAUACCGACCCCGACACCGUGGCUCUGGUGGUUGGCUGGCUUGCCCGACCACCUUACCGCGGCUGGUCCCGUUUGCAUCAGGCAGCUUUUGGUCUCGAGGCUAGGCCCCAGUGGGAGCCCAAACGCCUAGGCGUUAGGGCGUGGCUCGGCCUCCCCCCCCCACGAAGCUCCCAAGAGACGCUAAGUUCCUCCCCCUGA